AUGAAGGAAAUGGAAUUGCAAAGAACACCAAAGCGCGAGAGUGCGAAACGCUCAUCGUUUGUAAGGGAAAAUAACGAAUUCGAGGCUGCAAGUCCAAAAUCCCCCCAGACGCCGUCGCCUCCUAAUGAUAAACCGCGAAGAUCAUCAGUUUCCCAUGGAUUUUUGGCAUCUCCACUGCCCGGGAGCAAUCUCAAGAGAAACAGUGGCUCGGAAUUUUUGAUUCCUGAAUCGCCAGGCAUUAAAUCUCGGCUACUUCCUCCUACGACCCCCAAGUCAAAAAAUACAGAAAUGUUUCUUUCGCCUUCCCCUAAACUAAAGUCUCCUGGUGUUCGUAAAGAUAGCGAGAGGCCCAUUCGUGAGCUUUCAAAUAAUCUGAAGACAAGGCUUAAUUACGCAUUUGUAAAACUUCAGAAUGGUUGGGCAGACAAGACAUUGCCAGAGCUAGAGUCUGUGAUUGAUACAGAAAAAACUGGGAGUGCUGUCGACGAACCAGUAGCGAGACCGUGCAAUACCUCGUACAGCAAUCGAUUUCUCGAAGACGAAGAAUUGGGAAAUAACUCUGCGCACGCGGCUUUCAUGACUGCGCUCGCUAGCCCCAAGAAGAAGCAGCGAUCAGGAUCAUCGUCGUCCGGUACUUGGACUAUCAGUUCCAGGAAACCGCCCCCUCCCCCAAUUUCGAUUAAAACAAGCGAAAAGCCCAAAGCCCAAUCGAAGGACCAGCCUUCAGAGGUGGAGGCAAUAGAGACCCUGAUGUCGCUAUCUUCACCUAAAAAACCUACUCAUAGAAAAAGUCAAGACUUCACGCUGCCGCCGCCCCCACCAUUUUCACAGCAACAACAGGGGCAAUCGGACCAGCCAAUCGUGGCAUUCUCUUCACGAUCUUCUUCGUCUACCUCAUCUAUUCCGAACACGUUGGCCAAACCUUUUUUAUUGAAAAGUGACGCCGGCACUAGCACACAGGUUCUGCUUGAUGUAGAGACUGACGUUGAGGAAAGUAAUGGAGACUAG